AUGCCGCCACGAUUCAGGAGAGGACGAGGCAAGGCGCCGUUUACCAGCCACGAUCAUGAGGCUGGACCUUCUCACAGACGAACGCCGUCCAUCACGACGAGCACCAGUCCACAGGAACCCUGGAGGACUUAUGUGGAGCCUGCGAGGCGAACCGUCUCGCUCAGUUCAUCACCCUCGUAUCACCAUUCUUUUGGGCCUCAGUCUGAAAAUGAGCCCCACAACCCGCAGUCUUCUUUCAUACCUCUACAGUGGUCAAAUUCUCACCAUUCUUUCAACGACCCGACACCCUUCUUUCAGAGCCGGUUCAACCCGGCAAACUAUAUUGAGGAACCAGUGGGUUUUAACCCACUAGGACCUGAAGAUCAUUUCUCGGGCGACCAUGCCAUGGACAUGGACGAAGACACGGAUCCCGCCGAGCCGCCAACCCGGACCCCCACUCACCCUAUUGAGAUUUCUAAUGGGUCCUCUUUUCAUGGAUCACUUUAUCGUGGUCCAGAUAGUUAUCAGGCGAGGUUCACCCAGUAUGAUUGGGUGUUUACACCUUCUUACCUUUUCUCGCCCCAUCAGCAGCAACAACAACAGGAUCCUUCUGAAGAUUCUCGUUUUGUGGCAGUCACUCCACCGCCACCACCACCAGUGCAACAACCGCCUCCAGAGCCACCGAGGCGACGAAGAUCAAACGCACGGAUGUCCGUGCGAGGAGGAAUGGGUGGGCCUUCAAACCCCGUCUCGGAAGUAGAGACUGCGCCUGUCGCGCCACCGUUGGGUUUUGGUAACCCAAUUCCUGCAUACGUCGGUUCAGCGGCGUACAACCUAUUUGAGCAGCCGGCCCACACCAACUACAACUAUGCCGAGGCCGACCCAUACUUGGUAGCAGCGAACUACAACGCUCUCCACCCCGAGGGGCCUUAUGGAGCUCCUUGGGGAGUUGGAUACCCAGCUUAUGGGUACCAACAACCGCCACCUCCUCAACCUCCACAUCAGCAGCCCCCGCAGCAGCAAUUGAUACCACCAGAACGCCAACAAGAGGUUCUUGAUAGGUUGAGCCAGGUAGAGCGGGAAGUUCAAGCAGAGCGCAGGAACAACCAAGGCUUCUUCAAAGGUUUGGCAAGCCUAAUCAAGGGGAAGACCAAGAGAAGGGAUUUUUGA